GUCACAUCCUUCACAACUGGUUGUGGGAAGUGCUUCUGCUGCAAACAAGGGGUCCGAUCACGCCGUGAGAAGUGUCAAACGUUGGGAACAGUAGUUCUCGAUGGCGACCAAGCGGAGUAUUGUCGAUUUCCGCUCGCGGAUGGCACCAUUGUCACGCCUCCGGUCAAUAUUGAGGAGUAUCAACUGGGUCUGAUGGCCGAUAUCUCCCCCAUGGCUUGCUUCGCCGCCGCAAAAUGCGUCACGCGGGGUUGUCAGGGAUGUCAUCGACCAAAAUGUGGUCUUGCGGAUCAGCUGUGGUCUUGUUGGACUAUGUUCGUAG